GUUGCAGUAAUCAGCUGGGUCCUCCAAAGCCAUGUCUUCCGACAUAUAUGCAGAAUGUAUGCUUUACAAUGAAAUACUGAAAAGAAACCCAAAGUCGAUAAAGGGAGUGUUCAGUGCUUCGAAAAUUGCCGAAAUCAAGGAAUUUAUUACCAAUAACGUCGACAUCCCGGCACUGAAAGAAUGUGCAGAAGUUUACAUCACUUCUCGAAAGCGGCCAUCUUCAACUCCUAAAGGUCCAGCAGCUAAGAAAAAAGCACCUGCCGACAGCUCAUCAGAUUCUUCUUCAGACAACGAAGCUACAAAAAAGGCGGUGGUACCCAAUGGGAAGCCUGCUAUAAAUGGGCUAAAGCGGCAAGCCUCAUCUGACUCAUCAUCAUCGUCUGAUUCGGACAGUGACAAACCCGCUGCUAAGAAAUCACCAGUGAAGGCAGCAACACCUGUAGCGGCUACAGCAGCGUCAAAGAAGAAAUCUUCGUCUUCAAGCUCAGAUUCGGACUCGGACGCGCAACCGGCAGUCAAGAAAACUCCUGCAAAACCCGCUGCCAAGCAAACGGUCACUGCAAGUGCGCAAAAGAAGGCAGCAUCAUCGUCAAGUGACUCGGACUCAGAUGAGGAAGACGCUGCUGGAAAGAAAGCUCCUGCAAAACCAGUUUCUGCAAAAUCGUCCUUGGCGAAACCUGGCCCCAAGCCAGUUGUCUUAGCUCAGAAGAAAGACUCCUCUUCGAGUGACUCCGAUUCAGACGACGAUGACGAACCGCAAGCUAAGAAGCCUCCUAUGAAGUCUGCUGUUCAAAAAUUCGCUGUUCAAAAAACACCUAUUACGAAGAAGAAGGAAAGUUCAUCUAGCGAUUCAGACUCCGACGACGAAGAAUCUCCUAAGAAGCCGGUCGUUAAAGUCAUACCAAAACCUGCACCUACAACAGCCAAAAAAGCUGAAACAUCCAGCAGCGAUUCGGAUUCUGAUGAUGAGCCGCCUGCAAAGAAAGCUCCUGCUAAAGCUACAACUGCGCCAAAGCCAUCUAUCGCCGCUGCAAAAACGACAUCAUCUUCCAGUGAUUCUGAUACGGAUGACGAAACAGCUGCAAAGCCAACAUUGCAAGCCAAGAAGCCAACACCAGCACAGAAGGCUACCCCUUCCACGCAGAAAAAUGCUACUUCAUCAUCAUCCAGUGACUCUGAUUCGGACGAUGAAGCUCCUGCCAAGAAACCUGUUCCAAAGGUGGCUCUAGCUAAGGCAACACCACUUGCGAAAAAAGCCAAGUCUUCAUCAAGUGAUUCGGACUCGGAUGAGAAUAAUGCCAAGAAAAAACCGGCUGCUGCUCCCGCAAAGAGCUCUACGAAGCCGCCUACGAAAGCUGAGAGUUCUUCGAGUGACUCAGAUUCAGACGAUGAUGAGGCGGUGGCCAAGAAAGGGCCUGCCAAACCUGUUGUCAACUUGUCGGUUUCAAAACCUGCUGUCAAGUUGCCAGUUUCAUCAGCAAAAAAGGCUUCCUCCUCUUCAUCCAGUAGUUCGGAUUCAGAUUCGGAUAAGACAAAGAAAACUCCUGUAAAGACGGCAGCGUCGGUGAAGCCGGCCGUCUCAUCUGCUAAAAAAGCAGCUUCAUCAUCAAGUGAUACAGACUCCGAGGAUAACUCAAAGAGCAUUCCUGCGAAAUUGGUGCCUAAAGCAACAUCCACACCGUUUGUUAAGAAGGCUUCAAGUUCGUCUAGCGACUCUGAUUCCGAAGAAGAGAAAAAAACCAAAACACCAGCUAAGCCUACUGCGAAGCCCACUGCUUCUGCAGCAAAGAAAGAAGAUUCCACUUCUAGUGAUUCUGAUUCGGACGAUGAAAAGAAGAAGAAAGUUCCAGCAAAAAUCGCGGCAAAACCUGUCACUCCUAUAAAUACCAAGAAAGCUGCUUCAUCGUCAUCUAGCGAUUCUGAUUCCUCGGAUGAGACAGCGAAGAAAACACCUGCCAAGCCAAUAACGAAGUCUUUGACAUCAGCAGCAAAGCCAACAACGAAGUCUUUAACGCCAGCGGCAAAGAAAAAUGCUUCUUCGUCUAGCGACUCUGACUCGGAUGACUCGGAUGACCAAGCUGCUAAGAAAACUCCUCUGAAACCAGUUGCGAAGGUCACCCCAGCGAAGACGCCAUUGUCACUGGCGAAAACGACACCGGCAGCAAAGAAGGACUCCUCAUCGUCCAGCAGCGAUUCUGAUUCUGAUGAGCCUAAGAAAACGGUUACACCAAAACCUGCGGCUAAAACAAAAUCGGCUGCCACGACUCCAGCUGCUGUGAAAAAACCGGAUACGUCUUCAAGCGAUUCUGAUUCUGAUGCUAAGCCUCAAGCGAAGAAACCUCCACCAAAGGGUGCUCUGAAACCAAAAGCAAUGGCAAAGAAGGCUUCAUCAUCAUCCUCAAGUGAUUCAGAUUCAGAAGCAAAAGCUCAAAACAAGAACAUAUCUGCAAAAACUACGCCAAAAAGCGCCGGCUCAGCAGCUGCUAAAAGGGCGGCCUCAUCUUCAAGUUCGAGUGACUCAAGUUCUGGGGAAGAGAAUAUCAACAAAUCGUCUACCAAGGAAACCUCUACAAAGCAGAAAUCUCAAACAGUAACGCCGUCGUCUAAGAAAGCUGCUACUCAAAGUGAUUCUGAUGCGGAAAAUGUGAAGGGUAAACAGUCUGACAAACAAGAUACCCAAAUUGGGAAGCCGAACGGCACUGCAAAGACCUACCCAAGAAAAUCUAACGAGCCGUUUCGACGAGUAACAAUCACAAAAGACUCUUUGAAGGACAAGUUCAAGGACAAUUCAUAUAACCCCUCUUUUGACCACUGGGGAGCGAAAGCACAUGAAGCUCUAAGCAAAGUUCAAGGAAAAGGAUUCCGACAUGAAAAAACGAAAAAGAAGAAGGGCAGUUACGGCGGAGGACCAAUAAAUACAUCUGUGAACUCUAUAAAAUUUUCUGACAGUGAUUAAUUGCAUUUAAGUGCUUUGUUUUAUCUGCUGUUGUUUCCCUGUUACUUGAAUUUGUGGAUGUUAUCUGUUACCAUUUGUAUAGGUUGACAUAUUACAAAGAUUGAUGGAUAUUAGUGGUUGUUGUUUCGUUUUGAAUGUGACAGUCUGUGGCACUCCUUGUUGUGCUGAAUAUUCAUACAGAUAAAUUGUUGCUGAUACUUUGUU